UUCUUAUAGCGGGAUAAAAGCAACAUCCUCGUCUUCUGCAUCUUCUUAAGGUAUCAUAAACUUAGAGGUGAGGAUCAGCUUGUCUCCUGUUAAAGGGAAAAAAUGUUUCGAUAUUCCUGAGAACUAAGAAUAGGUUUCUGAGAAAUAAAUAGACAAAUUAGAACAUCUUAGUUGAGAUUAUGCACUUGAAGUAACCUUUAAGACUUAGACAAACAGGAUAUAUCAACAAGGGUAUAAAAUAGUCUUCAUUGACAUCUCUGACAUUUCAUCCUGUGGAUUAUUAUCACGGUACCAAAUCAAAAAAAGAAGUUAUGAUGACUGAUCCAAACCAUUUACUGAAUAUCAGUGACUAUGGUGACUUCUACGGUGAGCUCAACAACACAGAUCUCCAGAACUCGACUGAAUUUGUCGUGGAUGAGACUACGUUGCUUUGCUCCUCCGCCUCCAUGGUGGAUGCCGUCAACAUUGCGUUCUGUGUCUUAUUUGUGUUCAUCUUUCUGAUGGCUAUUCCUGGGAACCUGAUCGUAGGCUGGGUCAUUGUCUCGCACAGACACAUGCUUACCGCCUCAGAUGUCUACUUAUUCAACCUGAUGCUGGCCGACACGUUAUUGGCUCUGAUUCUGCCGUUUUCAGCCUUUUCCGUGAUCCACGGUUGGGUGUUUGGUGAUAUUGCAUGCAAGUUGGUUUGCCUGGUGAAGGAAAUGAACUUCUACACCAGCAUUUUGUUUCUGGUGUGCAUCAGCGUGGAUCGCUACAUGGUCAUCGUCAGAGCUAUGGAGUCCCAGAAGGCUCGGAGAAGAUUGUGCAGCGGAGUCGCCUGCGCAUUGGUGUGGGUCUUUGGAUUGGUGCUCUCUUUGCCGUCAUUCUACAACGAGGUGUAUUACGAGCCAGUUUCCCAGCAGACCAUUUGUGCAGAACGCUUUGAGACGAAUAACGCUGACGAGUGGCGACUGGCCACGCGUAUCAUGAGGCAUCUGCUCGGGUUCCUCUUCCCCCUGGUGGUCAUGUUGAUCUGCUACAGCUUGACAGUGGAGCGGCUCUUGCGUACACGCUGUUUCCAGAAACAAAGAGCCAUGAAGGUCAUUGUGGCUGUGGUUGUGGCCUUUCUUCUGUGCUGGACCCCCUUUCAUGUUUCGACGAUUGUUGACACCCUCCUGAGGACCAGAGUGGUUCAAUUCAGCUGUUCCACACAAACAUCGGUGGACGUCGCCAUGUUCGUAACUCAAAACCUUGGCCUUCUGCACUGCUGCGUGAACCCGUGGCUGUACGCCUUUGUGGGAGAGAAGUUCAGAAAAAGAUUUCUGCAGAUGCUUCAUAGAAGAAGAGUUCUGGAGUCGUUCUGCCUCUCCAGAUCUAGCAGGGCAACUUCUUCGACCUCAGAAGCCACUUCCAGCUUUCUGUGAGCUAAACAAUGGGCAUCAGUGUAUGCAAACUUUAAAUAAUGUAGUGCACCUUCCCUUGCUUGGUUGAACUAGAAAACACUUUGUUGUACGGGGCUAAUUGCCAUGAUGAAUUGGCUCCCCCUAUUGGUCAGAAAAAGCACCUUUUUGAUGCCUAAAUGAAUAAAAAGGAAAGGAGCUACACCACUUUUGCACAACUUCAGCAUCACCAACUCUAAGCUUCCGACAACUCUUUCACUCUUUAUUUAAAACAAUAUUUUCAUUGUACGUAUGAAUUAGAAUAGUUUGCAAGAGCUUUGUUAUAAACACAGUGAGGGUGUUAAAGUGGACUAGUGAUUGUAUGAGUUUACGUGUUUGGCAUUUAAUGUCCCCGACAACCUCUGUAGUCUCAUUUUGACGCAUGAAGACAACUGCUUUUUGUGAAAAGUGAAAGCUUUAAAAAACACACAGAAUAGGGGUGUUACUAAAGUAUUUUAUAUUGUUGAAUAAAACAUGAAAAUAUGUUGAGCUUGUGUUAAUUACAGGCAUUAUUAGAAAACAUUCAAAAAACCCAUUGACUUCGGGACAAUGGAACCGGAAGUGCUAUAAUUAUAACUUGUUUCCAGUUUCUGGCCUACAAAAAUGCAUAUCAGCAGCACUAUACUGCUUGGUUGAGCUACUGGUGCCCACAAAAAAAGUCACUUUCAUACCAAGCAGCUUUCUGUUGGUCAAUUCUUGUGAACACAUUGUGAAAACUGCAUUGGGAAAUCUUUUGUGCUCAUGCAAAUUUCUGAUUUGUGGAUUCCUAUUGAAAUGACUGGCAUUUUAUAAGUACUUAUAAAGCACAUACUCUGCAUAACAGUAUUCUACAUCCUUAAUCCCAUACAAUACCUAAAUAUAACAACUACUGUCAUGGAUAGCUGAGCCAAUGUUGAGCCAAGUCAUCAUGGUUGAUAGUUAAUAGUGAGAACUGGAUCUUAAAAUAGUGUGACUGUUCUGCAGAAAGCUAGGCUUCUGGUUUGUAGAGAGGUGUGUGUUUGAAGUUAGCAAAACAGCUCUUUGAAUAGCUUAUUGUAUAUUUGUUUUUAUUAUUAUAAUUAUUAUUAUAAUUAUUAUUAUUUUUGUCAAGGCAGCUGGUCUGUAUGUGGACAGUACACAAUUAUUUUAUUUUAUUUAAAGAGAUAAUGUGCAUGUUUUAAAUAUAUAGUAUGAUGUACAAGAAAGUAAAUAUUGUAUUAAAAGACUGAAGGUUUUCUGAAAUGCGUUACAUUUUUUCCUCCAUAAAUUGUACUUUAAAUAGGACUGUAUAAAGUGCAUGAAAGCUAUUAGGAAUAUUUUUUUUGUGUGUUUGUGGUGUAAUGGUUUGUCAGUAUUAAAUGGAUGGAAUGACAGAAAAAUCUCUCCAGAACUUAUAAUGGAUUUACUUUUUGAUUUUCAUGCUCAUUUGUAAAUAAUAAUAAAAAAAAAUGUAUGAACACUCUUU